AUGCGCGCCGAGCUCGCCCGCGACCGCGUCGAUGCCGGUACCUACUACUACUGCUUUGACGGCGAGCUGAUCGACGGGCCCUCGAAUCCCAAUUUCAACGAGCCGACCUUUGUAGCAGAACGUGCGGCCCGCCACGCCAAUAUCCCGGGCGGCUUUCCCGAGACCGGCGCCGUGCAGAUUCGCAAAAAGUUUUUCUGCAUGCUUCUACGGCAGGUUGCCUGUCUGGGCCUCAGAGUAGAGUAUGGACAGCAUGUCGAGAGCUACGAAGAGGAGGACACUAGCAAGAGCGUGGCAGGUGUAGUGUUAGCCGACAGGUCAAAGCGUCAAGCACACGUCGUCAUCGCUGCCGAUGGAAUUCACUCGCUCUCCGGGGAAGUCAUGCUGGGCGACCACACAGCAGGCAUGCAGCCGAGCGGCAUGUCGGUGUACCGUGCGGUGUUUCCAGUCGAGCACGCAUUUGCUGGCUCAGAACUGGUGCGCCAGCGCUGGCAGGGCCGUCACACGUACGAAUUCUGGAUGGGUAGCGGCAUGCAUAUUGGCCUCUACGUGUCAGACGAGGUGGCCGCGCUCGGCAUCACACCCCGCGACGAGUUUCUCGACCCUGCCAACGCUUUUGCCAACAAUGAGUCAUGGGACCCCCAGGUCAGCCCGGACGAGGUUGUUGCGGUCAUGCAGCGGGCCAUGUCUGGGAGCGGCGAGGGGAAAAAUUGGCACCCCGUGCUUGAGGAGCUCGUUCGCACCGCUCCCGAGGGAAGCAUCAUCCACUGGCCACUUUUCUGGCGCAACCUGCAGCGCAGCUGGGUGUCAGCCACGGGCCGUAUCGUUCAGAUCGGUGAUGCAGCCCAUUCCACCGUGCCUGCAUCGGCGGCCGGUGGCACGCUGGCUCUUGAAGAUGCCGUCACCGUGGCCGCUUGCUUGCGGCGUGCAGGUUCGGCUGAUAACAUAGCACUUGGGACACGCAUCUACAACAUCCUGCGCUAUGAGCGGUCGAGCUGCACGCAAAAGAUGGCGUUUGUUAACGCGCAGACGCUGGGCCACACCACCGACUGGGAUGAAUUGCGUAAGGAUCCGGCCAAAGCGCGGUUGCGGUAUCCCAAAUGGCUGUUCCGACACAACCCGGAGGUAUAUGUGGAGGAGAAGUGGGCAGCGGCGGUUGCUUAUGCAAUUAACGGGGUCGACUACCACAACACAAACAUCCCACCCGGCCACCAUUUUACACAUUGGACUAUCGAGGACAUCAGUCGACAGAUUGCGGAAGGAAAGCGAGUAGAGGAUCUCCUAGAUGGAGACUGGUCGUAG